CCAAGGAUUUUCUCGGCAACCAAACAGGGGUCUGUAGAAAUCUCCCUUUUUGGUAUCUCUUUUCCCCCUUUUGAAUUCGAUUACGUUCUUAUUCUUCAGAUCUCUGAAUCGUGUGCGUCGGAUCCUUCUCCAAUACAUUGGGAGAAUUUGCGGCUAGAUUCCGAAGUUAGCUGGAAAAUUGAAUUCCCUGUUCCCUAGUUUUUGCUUGAGAGCAAAAGAUUACAAUGGGAGAGCAUCAGCCGAGGAAACGUUCCCGGCAGCAUUUUGAAACACAUCCAACACCCACAACUGUGCUGGAAGCCCCUUUCCACGGAAGAUCUAAGUGGUAUUUCACCAGAGAAGAGAUUGAGUGUUUCUCGCCGUCAAGGAAGGAUGGGAUUGACCUUGAGAAAGAAUCGUAUUUGCGGGCAUCGUACUGCAUGUUUCUCCAAAGGCUUGGUGUGAAGCUUCGUGUGUCUCAGGCUACGACAUCGUGCGCAAUGGUGUUGUGCCACCGAUUUUACAUGUGUCAGUCUCAUGCAAAAAAUGACUGGCGGACAAUUGCAACUGCCAGUCUUUUCUUCGCCUGCAAAACCGAAGAUGAGCCCUGUCAACUAUCUGGUGUUGUUGUUGCGGCUUAUGAGAUCAUUUAUGAAUGGGAUCCUUCUGCCCCAACGAGAAUCCAUCAAAGAGAAUAUUACCAUGAGUUUAAAGAACUGAUUUUGGUUGCGGAGAGGCUUCUGCUGGACACAAUUGCUUUCGAUCUUGACAUUGAAUUGCCGUAUAAGCCUCUGGCUGCAGCUUUGAACAAGUUGAAUGUGCGGCCUGAUGUUGCAACCGCUGCAUGGAAUUUAGUGAAUGAUUGGUUUCGUACAAUGCUAUUGUUGCAGUACAAACCCCAUGUUAUUGCAAUUGUCUCUCUGCGCCUUGCUGCCGUGUUCCAUAAGUCAAGACUAGGCAACAGGAGAGAUUGGUGGUCGGAUUUUUGUGUGACGAGUAAGCAGUUAAAAGAGGUCAUCCACGAGAUAUACAUAUUGGAGAUGGAGAGACGACAUGCUACCCCGCCUCCAACCCGAGAAUUCGUUUGGCCUUUACAACCGGCUGGAAAGCCGGUGCAUAUGGCUAGAACUUGUGCGUUUCACGGCUGCCAUUCCCCUCCUCAUAGACAGCCCAGCAACUGGUGAGUCAUGGACUAGUCAUAGUGAGUACUUAUGUCUUCCAAGAACAACAGUCAGAGAGACUUCAAUCUGAGCAAAGAUCUCUCCAGUGGAAACAAGUCACGUCAAGGAGUGGGUUUCUUGGUUUUUUGAUAUGGUUGCAAAAUAUCUCUUGAGAGAUUUGAUACAUUUUUACUCUUCUUUGUAUAUAAAUUUGUACCAUAUAUUAUAUCUUCACCAAGUGAAAGCUUUCAAGGGUUUUUAAA